AGGGCGGGAGAUUCCGUGUGUAGCGCGCGGCCUCCUAACCUCCAGCGGCGCUCCGCGAGCUCCGCGUCUAUUCCCGCGGCGGCGCGGUUUAUGAGAACUCGGCAUCUCAGGUUCCAACUGAAGGUUCCUUCCCGGCAACCGACCGCGGCUCGGCAGGGCGGCAGGAAGAGCGCUCCGGGGAGACCUAGCCCUGGGGACACCUGCUUCUCUUUCUUGCCGUAGCUCAGGACUCGUGAGGUGACCUUGUCUGAAUUUUCCAGCUACAGAAUGCCUAGCACCUUAAGAGGUUGGCCAUGAUGAGUAAAUUGGAAUUAAAGGAAGAUAAGAUGCUGGAGGUUCAAUUUGUGGGAGAUGAUGAUGUUCUUAAUCACAUUCUUGACAGAGAAGGAGGAGCUAAAGUAAAAAAGGAGAAAACCCAGCUUUUGGUUAACCCCAAGAAAAUAAUAAAGAAGCCAGAAUGUGAACUGGAGGAAGGCGACCAGGAAGUCUUAAAAGACCAGAACUAUGUGGAAGUUUUGGGAAGAAAUGUUCAAGAAUCCUGGAAAAAUGGUUCUGCUGCAGAUGGUGGGAAUAAAGUUUACUCUUUUCAGAAUAGGAAACCUCCUGAAAAGAUGGCUAAAUUAGCUUCAGAACUUGCAAAAACUCCAAGGAAAAGUGUUUCAUUGAGUUUGAAGAAUGAGUCUGAAAUUACAAUAAAUGUUCCUCAAAGUAGCAAGGAAUAUUCUGCAUCAGACAGAGUUCAACAGAAGAAAAAUGAUAAAAAUGAACUUCUCUCAACACCACCUCGUAAUCUAAGGAAAAGAUUAAUAGUGCCACAGUCCAAUUCUGACAGUGAAAGUGACUAUUCUGCUUCCAACUCAGAGGAUGAUGAAGGUGUUGCAAAGGAAUGUGAAGAAGACACAAAUACAGUCACAUUGAACCGAAGGAUGCAAGCUCAGUCGAGAGUAGUUUCAGAAACUGUUUGCAAAAGAACACCUCCUAAGAAAAUGAAGAGAGAUAAAACAAGUGACUUAGUGGAAGAAUAUUUUGAAGCUCAUAGCAGCUCAAAAGUCUUAACCUCAGAUAAAACUCUGCAGAAGCUAAAAAGACCUAAACUGGAUCAGCAAACUCUGCAUAACUUAUUGAGCAAGUUUUCUCCUUCCUUUUCUGCUGAAAUUGAACAAUUAAAUCAGCAACAUGAAAAAUUAUUUCACAAAUGGAUGCUGCAGUUACAGCUUGGGUUCAACAUUGUGCUUUACGGUUUGGGUUCUAAGAGGGAUUUACUAGAAAAGUUUCGAACUACUGUGCUGCAAAAUUCCAUUCAUAUGGUCAUCAAUGGGUUCUUUCCUGGAAUUGGCGUGAAAUCAAUCCUGAAUUCUAUAACACAGGAAGUCCUCAGUCAUAUGGGCACCUUCCGAAGUACACUGGAUCAGCUUGACUGGAUAACAAACAGAUUUAAAGAAGGUAUUGAGCCUAGGGCUUUCUGCAUGCCAGAUUCUUCUUUAGAACUCUUCCUUCUUAUCCACAAUUUGGAUAGCCAAAUGUUGAGAGGAGACAGUAGCCAGCAAAUUAUUGGACAGUUGUCAUCUUUGCACAACAUACACCUUAUAGCCUCUAUUGAUCACCUCAAUGCUCCUCUCAUGUGGGAUCAUGCAAAGCAGAGUCUUUAUAAUUGGCUGUGGUAUGAAACUACUACAUACAGUCCUUAUAGUGAAGAAACCUCCUAUGAGAAUUCUCUUCUGGUUAAACAGUCUGGAUCUCUACCACUUAGUUCUCUGAUUCAUGUCUUACGGAGCCUUACCCCUAACGCAAGGGGGAUUUUCAGGCUACUAAUAAAGUAUCAGCUGGAUAACCAGGACAACCCUUCCUACAUUGGACUUUCUUUUCAAGAUUUUUACCAGCAGUGUCGAGAAGCAUUCCUUGUUAAUAGUGAUCUGACACUCCGAGCUCAAUUAACUGAAUUUAGGGACCACAAACUUAUAAGAACAAAGAAGGGAACAGAUGGAGUAGAAUAUUUAUUUAUUCCUGUUGACAAUGCAACACUGACUGACUUCUUGGAAAAGGAAGACGAGGAGGCUUGAAGCUGUCCUUCACUCUAGAACCUUCCAUGGGUUUUUGUACUCCAACUGCCACUCCUCUAGUCAAGCGUGGGGUUUACACCCAACAUUAUUUUCUCAGUUUAUAAGAUUUAGUAUUUCGAGGGGUGCUUUCAUCAAUUAGAAAAUUUAAUUAGCCAGAUUGGUGCACCAUCUCUAGUACUAUGCAGUGGUCCUCAAGUUGGAAAAAAAAAACAACGUGCCUUUCAUUCAUUACCUCUCUGGAGGCUUCUUGCUGCGAUGAACAGUGUGCUCAGGGACUAUUUGGAACUGGAAGUUUUUGAAUUUUUUUAUAUUAGAGAUAUUAUUUCUAAUUUUCUGAGGGCCUUUUAACACUCUGGGGCUGAUUGCAAAUAUGCUUGUUCCAGAAUGUAGAAGUACAAGGACAGGAAUUUCAUAAAUGUGUUCUAUGUAUCGGAACUGAUGAGUGAAUUAAGCAGACCAUCUCUGUUUUUGAAAGGAUAAGAAAAGGCUGAUGGAAAAGCAGUAGGUGAUCUAGCUUUGUCCUUUUGGAUUUAGGCUCCACAUUGAGGUGGGAGUGGGAGAAGUACCAGGUGUCUACAGGGUAUACACCUGUUCUGAAAGCACAUAGACCAUGAGUGUGGUGACGCUGUCCCAGGAUCUGGCUUUCAUGAUAGAAGUGAGAAGCCAAGCUAGAAAAAAUAAUCUUGAAUUGCAUUUUAGUUUUCAGAAUGGAAAAUAAAAACAUGUCAUUAUUGUAAAAGGACACAUUUCUUUUCCAAAUUACAUGCAGGUGGGUAGAAUAGUAAUGGCUGGCUGAAAAAUCUUGAUUUCUUUUGUCAAUGGCCAUAAAAAUGACUGAAAAAUACUUCCAUUUUGCUCUUAAAGUAACUAUUUCAAGUCUUCUAAAUAUGUGAGCCUUUUUUCUUAUAAAAGGCUGAGCUUGGCCAUUGUCAUCAGCUUAUAGUCUACACAUACCCCCUGAAGUCAUUCACAUUUGGAAAUGAAAUUGGUCAAAAUGUCACCAACAAAAUCUGUAUGACAUCA